AUGGCGUCCGCAUACGGGCGAGUGCCAGAGCAGGAAGGAGAUACCUCUCGGACCCCUCAUUCCGACAAUCGUCAGUCAAUAGGUGGGCGGUCCGAGGCGUCUUCGAUAGAAUUUCGAGAUCAAUUAGAUAUAGAACCAUUUGACGAGAAAGGAGAUAGAUUCAGAGAUGACCCAAGAUUAGAAGAUGAAGCUGGAGACGGAGAUCUGGAAGAAGAGGGAUAUGCUAUUGAGCCGCCUCAAAGGCUUCGACCGCGUCAGAAAUCGAGGAAGAUCUUAGCUACAUUGAUAGCGAUUUUGUUUUUCGCUGCUGCUAUAGGAGGUCUAGCAGCUUCAGGCUAUUCAGCUCCUACAUUUGCGAAAAGCGGAAAUCAAAGGAUAACAAUGGAUCAUAUCUUCAACGGGACUUUUGGGGUACACUAUAAAUCGCUGGAUUGGGUACGAGAAGCUACCGAUGGCACAUUCUCCCACAUCAGCGGCAAUAACAACAUCGUUCUUUCUGACGUCCACAACAUGACCGAUGAGACUGUCUUGGUCGAUUCAUCCAAAGUCGUCGAUCAACACGGUAAUCAGCUACACUGGCAGUCAUGGGCUCUCUCAGCUGAUAUGGAAUAUGUCUUAUUAAAAACUGAUCACGUGAAGCAAUGGCGACAUUCAUCUUUCGGCAAUUAUUGGGUACAUCGACGUUCUGAUUCCGUUACCUUCCCUAUUGUUACUCCAACAAGUCAUCCUACUGUAACGCAUUGCGUGUGGUCCCCUGUCGGUCACGCUCUAGCUUUCGUUUCGAAGAAUGACCUAUAUCUAAUCACUGAAACUGAGAUAUCAUCUUCCAAACCUAUGUUGACUAGAAUCACAGAAGAUGGAAGUGAAACGAUUUUCAAUGGUGUUCCAGAUUGGGUGUAUGAAGAAGAAGUAUUUGAGACAGAUUCGGCAGUGUGGUGGUCACCAGAUGCCCGCUCAUUAGCAUAUUUAAGAAGUGACGAAUCAGCAGUCAAGGACUUCAAAUUGCAAUAUUACAAUCCUUCAAAUGACGCUUUCGAGGUACAUCAAUAUGCCACUGAGCUUGACAUGAAAUAUCCCAAACCUGGCACUCCCAAUCCCCUAGUCAGUGUUCACACCUACUCCCUCUCUUCUCAGUCUCGACAUCAGCUCUCAUGGCAGGGAGAAAUGCCUCUGGACACCCGGAUUAUCAUCGAGGUUGGAUGGGUUGCGGACAACGCUCUGUUAGUCAAGGAAAUAGAUAGAGCGGCUAGAAAAGGAAAUGUAGUACUAUUCCAAGAUGGAAAAAGUCAAGGCGAUAUCGUAAGGAUAUUAGGGAAAGAUGGCGAGGAAAGCGAUGAUGGCUGGAUCGAUCAUGGGCAAAACGUCAUUCCUGUCAAAGGUCCUUUGGAAGGUUAUCUUGAUAUAGUACCUAAUGAGGGGUUCAAUCAUAUCGCCUUUUUCAGUCCUAUCAACUCCUCUCAACCUAUCUGGAUCACCUCCGGCGACUGGGAAGUCACUGAAAUCUCCGGAGUGAACGCUGGAAAAGGCGUAAUAUACUUCAUGGCUGCUACCCCUUCGAUUGAUCGACAUCUCUACUCUGCUCAUAUACCUUCAUCCCUCACAGAACAAUACGAUCAGACCUUCACCGCUUUGACAGACAAUUCUGCGCCUGGUUAUUACGAGACUUUUUUCUCUCCCGCUGCAGGCUAUUAUGUCCUAAGCUAUAGAGGCCCGGAAGUACCCUGGAUGAGGUUGAUGGAGAGUGAAAAAGAGGAAGAUCAAAUCAAUGUCCUUCUCGAAGGCAAUGCUCAACUGAACCAGACUUUGAGCGAGUUCGUUCGACCGAUCAUUACCAGACAAACAAUCAUAAGUGAUGGUCAUGAAAUUAACGUUAUGGAAAUGCUGCCUCCUAACAUUGAUACUUCUGGAAGGAAGAAGUAUCCGGUACUGAUCAGAGUGUAUGGUGGUCCAGGCUCACAAAUGGUACAUAAUCGGUUCGAGCGAGAUUGGCAUACUUUCCUAGUUACCAGUAUGAAAUAUAUCGUUAUUAUGGUAGACGGCAGAGGGACCGGAUUCAAAGGUCGUCAAUUGCGUAAUCCAGUCACAGAUGAUCUCGGUCAUUACGAGGUCAUAGAUCAGAUCAAUGCUGCUAAAGAAAUGGCAAAGAGGAUUUAUGUCGAUAGGAAGAGAAUAGGAAUUUGGGGCUGGAGUUAUGGAGGAUAUAUGACUUGUAAGACUCUAGAAGCGGAUUCUGGGAUUUUCACUCUUGGGAUGGCCGUUGCACCAGUGACAAAUUGGCUGUACUACGACUCAAUAUAUACCGAACGAUAUAUGUCGACCCCAUCCACUAAUCAAGAAGGAUAUCUCAAAAGUGCAGUGAACAACGUUACUUCUUUCGCUGGCGAUAAAGUCGACUUCAUUUGGGCGCAUGGAAGCGGCGAUGAUAAUGUCCAUUAUGCCAAUUCGGCGAGUUUAUUAGACAAGCUCACUCAGGAGAAAGUUAGAGGAUGGAGGUUCAGGAUGUUCACCGAUUCAAAUCACUCGAUGGACAAACGACAAGCCUAUCGUGAAGUCUAUGAAUGGAUGACAGAUUUCUUGAGAGAGAAAUGGGGUGUAGGGGGUAAAAUUCAUCAGUAA